AUGGGGUGCCGGACUAUCGCGUCUCUGCUUCCGGGUCACGUGUCAGGAGAACACAGAGGGUGGCCCUCGCCACCGUGUGGUCGCUCGGACCACACCGCCCAUCCUGGUCAAGAAGCCCAAGCUGGACCUCUACUCGGAGCCAGACAACAUUCUGACCAUGGGUUUCGCCCCGGUAGAGACCAAGGACAUCAAGGACUUCUAUGUGGUGGCGGUACCACUAAAGAAGGGUUUGGGGACUGCACGACAUCUCAAGAACCCAGACGAAAUGGACUUGGAAGAGCUGCUGAGGGACAUCACCCGAAGCGUCGCACCAGGCGUCAGCUGAGCCAGGCGGAUGGCAAGAAGCCCUACAUCACAGCCUGCUUCAAGCAGCUCCCCACCUCGUUCACCCUGGGCACAGAGCACCGCCACAGCAGCUGUGAGAGUAAACCUCUGGAGCCCGGGCAGGAAUACGUCUUCUUCCUACUGGCUGAGCUCAACACCACCGCCGUGAAAAUGUUUGCGGCCAGCCCAUACACAGACUUAGUGGUGACCCCAGAGCUUGAGGCUGAUCCUCUGCCCAUGGAGACAGGUGGGGACGGCCUCAUCUGGGUGGUGGGGCCCGUCCUGGCCGUAGUCUUCAUCAUCUGCAUCGUCAUCGCCAUCCUCCUCUACAAGAACAGCAAACCUGACAGCCGUAAACGAAAGGAGUCAGAGCCCAGAACAAAAUGUCUGCUGAACAACGCAGAGAUCACCCCCACCACCCACAGACCCAGUGGAGAUGAGACGCAUUAA